GAGAUUUUUAUUUUUGAUGAAGGUUUCAAAUACAAGAAAGACUCAGUAUUGGUGGUGUCAGAAGACGAGUACAAGGAAUGCAAGGCAACUAAACCGCAACUCUAUUCCAACAACCAAGACACGGUUUUCAAACUAGACCGUCCCGGUUUGUUUUACUUCAUUAGUGGUGUCUCGGGUCAGUGUGAAAAGGGUCAGAAGAUGAUCAUUAAAGUCAUGGAGACCGAGUCUUCCCCAGAUUCUCCUUCUCCUUCCUCUUCUUUUUCCUCUCUUUCGGCUUCAACUCACAAGAAGAGCAGUGCAUUGAAAACUGCUGUCCAGUUCACUAGUUCCAGCUUUGUGGUUCUUAUUGUUUCGGUUUUGGUUUGGCAUUAGGUCAGAUUUUAGUUCCGGUUUAGCAUUCCAAAUAACUACACUGACCGGACCGG